UGAGUGGAAGCUCCGCCACCAUGCGCUCCCCGAAUAUCCUUCUGACAGGUACUCCAGGAGUUGGCAAGACCACACUUGGCAAAGAACUUUCAUCCAGAACUGGACUGGAAUAUAUCAAUGUUGGUGACCUGGCAAAAGAAGGAAAUUUAUAUGAAGGUUAUGAUGAAGAGUAUGAUUGUCCUAUUUUAGAUGAAGACAGAGUGGUCGAUGAGCUGGAAGACAAGAUGACUGAAGGUGGAGUCAUUCUUGACUAUCACGGUUGUGACUUUUUUCCUGAGCGUUGGUUCAACAUUGUGUUUGUGCUGAGGACUGAUAAUGGUUUAUUGUACGAGCGUCUAGAGAGCAGGGGAUACAAGGAAAAGAAACUGCAGGACAACAUCCAGUGCGAGAUAUUCCAGACUAUUUAUGAAGAAGCAGCAGAGUCAUAUCAAAAGGAAAUAGUGCACCAGUUACCCAGCAAUACACCUGAGGAUUUGGAGCAAAAUAUAGAACAAAUCAUUCAGUGGAUUCAGCAGUGGCUAAAGGAUAACAACUGAAUCCCUAAUUUAAAUAAAGACUAUAUUUUCUUAGUAAUAUAAUGCUCAAAGGCCGGUCACAUGUUUAUGUGCAUUUAGGUGGAAGUGGUAAGCGCAACCGAACACAACAGGCUCUAUGUUAUUUUAUAUUUACAGUAAAAUCAGCUGUAUAUACUGUAAAGGGCAACUUCUGAAAACAGAUCCUUCAAAAAGUGCUGGAUUUUGAAGGUGAAUAUCAUUAAUAGAGGGUACACCAAGUAUGUGACAAGUGGAAAAUUAUUGUACUGUCAUUUAGUCUUGAUCUUAACGGUAACAUAUGUGAUUUCUUAUGACAUAACUUACCUUGAAAAGGUAUGAGGCGUACUCUCUUUUAUGUAAAACUAAUUGCAAAGUUCUAGAUCAUUAACUACAACAUCAGUAUAUAUUCUCUUUAAAUAAGUUGAUACUGCAGGCCUAUCAAUUCUUUGUAUCAAAGGGGCAGUGUACACCUAUGUUCAGCAGUAACCAAAGGAUAGGAUUUUUUUAGAAAAAAAUGCAUUGUAACUUAAAAAAUCCAUAUAUGCUUUAUUUUUUCAUUAUUAAAAUAGUGAUAUUUCAUUUCUACCAUUUCUAUUGCCUCCUUCCCCUGGUAUGUAGGAGGAUAGUUCUGUACAGACAAGGCCCUCUAUUUUGCAGCUGCUGAUUAUGUCUUACAGGUAAUGAGGAGUUCAUUAUACAGUGGUUUUAACUGGGGAAUAACUAAUUAUAUUCUUAAAAAUGGAGGGUAGUAUGGAUUAUUAUGUCUAUUUACUGGCCUUAUGUGAACCCCAGGUAUUCGCUGUAUACAUUUAAGUAGGUAGAGCUGUUAGCCAUCCAUAGUAAAUACUCAGCACCUCCAGUGUUUUUGCAAGGCAUGAGGCAGGGCAGCUAUUGUUUCCUUACCAGUAGAAUGUCGUUCAACUGCAACAUUCUAAAGGUAGCUAUACACAGCAGAUAAAAGCUGCUGAUUAAUUGGCCUGUGUAUUGGGCCUUUAAGAUGAGCUGGCCUGACCAAUACCUGGCCAAAAUUGGUACGGAUCCAAUUGACAGGUUUGAAUGUCCCAUCAGGCCUCGCCAAACUGGAUCGUAACAUGUAUGGUCAGCACAAUAAGCAACAUGUAGCUGCUGAAUAAAUAUUUAAAAUUGUAUUUUGUAUGUAAUGGAACCAAAAUAAAAAAAAGCUUUACUUUGUA